AUGGGUAGGGAUAAGUGGGCUACUGUUCGAAAAUCCCAACCUUUGUUUAAUUCUUUGUCUUUAAUACCCAACCCUCUUUCUUUUCCCCUUCUUCCUACCGGUAAAAUUCCAUCAGAAAUAUUUUUCCCCUCGCCAAAACUAGUUACCAAUUACUCAACGGUAUCCCUUCUAUCUAAGUGUGGUGUUUCGUACACCUACCUCCACGUGGAAACACCCAAGGGGAUUGCUCAACGUAAUCUCGGUCUUCAGUGGAUAAGACAAACAUUAGUUCAAGGCAAAGAUCGUGGUGUACUUUAUAUAGCAGAUGAUGACAACACAUAUGACCUUCAGCUGUUUGAUGAUGUAAGUCCUACUUCCCUUUUAUUGGAUGACUUUGUUGUGACCGAUCUCUGUGUCUGCUGUGUUACUUCUCCGGAAAACAGGUCGCGUGUGACCCAAAUGUGGACAGCCUAUAAACCCGAUCGUCCUUUCCCCGUUGAUAUGGCUGGAUUCGCGGUGAACAUCGAUCUCGUACUCAAACACACACAUGCCGGUUUCGAUUACAAUCGCCCUCGUGGAAUGCAGGAAUCGCUGUUCCUUUCGGAGCUUGGUUUGAAACACUGGAGUGAAUUGGAACCAAAAGCGGACGGAUGUCAACAGGUGUGUGAUAUUCUUGUUUGGCACACCCGGACCGCUGAUCCCUUGUUGGCCACCUGGAGGCGUUUGGAAUCACAAGGUGUGCUUGCACCACCAAUGAAAGACUUGGUGUGA